AAGCAAGAAAGUAAGUUAUUUAUAACCGCAGCAUCUCCAGGUUGUGAUCCUUGAGUGCGCAGUGAAAGGAAUACUCCCCAUUGGACUGAUGUAGUGAGCCUCCAUAACAAAAGCACCACUGCUCAUGUGCUAUGGUGCCAGAGAGGUACGGCGCCCUGUAACCUAAACUAGGACGCGUCGAUGGGAACAGUCGCGACUGUAAAAUAAGAGGUUUUGCAAAGAACUGCAACAAACUUUCUCUUUUGAAUCAUUCAUUUUCUCCCCGAUUUCUUCUGCCUUACAAGACAAAGCACCGGGCACUUUGAGCAUGGAAAGCCUCUCCCCUGACCAGGGCUGUGAGCUGUAAGUUCAACACUGAGAAGAUCUGUGAUUGGCUGGGACAUGGCAGACAUACUGGAGCUGCGGACAGAUGGGAACUCACUCCUGAAGGCUGUAUGGCUCAGACGCUUGAGACUCACCAGACUCCUGUUGGAAGGAGGUGCAUAUAUCAACGAGAGCAAUGAACGUGGUGAGACGCCACUCAUGGUGGCCUGCAUGUCCUCACACGUCGACCAGCAGAGUGUGAGCAAGUCAAAGCUGGUGAAAUAUUUACUGGACAACCAGGCAGACCCCAACAUACAGGACAAAGCCGGCAGGACAGCUCUGAUGCAAGCCUGCAUUCACAAGGCUGGGCACGAGGUGGUGGAUCACCUGCUGAGCAAUGGAGCUGAUCCCAGUCUGGAGGACAGGAGUGGGGCCUCCGCCCUGGUUUACGCCAUCAAUGCAGACGAUAAGCAGACACUAAAACUGCUCUUGGAUGCAUGCAAAGCUAAAGGCAAGGAGGUCAUCAUAAUCACCACAGACAAGUCCCCGUCAGGCACUAAAACUACCAAACAGUACUUAAAUGUCCCCCCAUCACCAGAGCUGGAUGAGAGGUCCUCCCCAGAAUACUGCACCUCUCCAUCUGACAUCAAUGUCACUGCAUCUCCCACACCUGAGCAAGAGCAACAAAACACAGUCUUCAGCUUCCAGACCAAGCUGAAAACCUCAAGUUCGGCUUCAAAGCUUGCCAACGGGCAAACGUCUCCGACACGGCGGCCUGCAAACCCCAAACGUGCUCGCUUGCCUCAGCUGAAGAGGCUGCAGUCAGAGCCUUGGGGGCUGAUCGCUCCCUCAGUCUUGGCUGCAGCCGCUGCCCAUGAAGAGAGUAAGAAAGCCAGCUCUGAUGAGGAUGUUGUUGCAGGAGUAAAUGGACUCUCUCUGAGUAAGAGGUCAGCUUUAUCUAGACAGAGCAGCGUGGAUGGCAAGGACUGCUUUUUUCCACUGGUGGGUGAACAACCCUGCAAAAUGACAACCUCGCUAUCAGUUCCUUUAACCUCCAAAGCAUCGUAUGAGAGAUCUCUAAGCCAGCACCAGCCGCUGGCAAGGCGCAGCACUGUGCCCACAGAGCAGGAGAACAGCAGCUGCAGCAGCAGCAGCAGUGGAGUCGCUAGUCUGAGAGACACAGUGCAUAGGAGACGUCUGGGGAACGAUCACUAUGACUCAGACUCACAGCUCUACUCAGGCUCUGCCAUGUUAGACUCUCCUAAGGUCCCGGGGGAGAGAAGGAAACUCAACACGUCUCCUUUGGCAAUGCUGACCAGCUCCAGAGAAUCUCUAGACAGCAACGCCAGCCCAUCCUCUCCCAGCACAACACACAGGCGUGCACCAGGCCUCCUAGAGAGGAGAGGCUCAGGCACGCUGCUGCUGGACCACAUCUCACACACCAGGCCCGGCCACCUGCCCCCUCUCAACAUCAACCCCAACCCCCCCAUACCUGACAUCGGGGCUAGUAGCAAGCCCUCGUCACCUCUGGCCACAGGUAUUAGAUCCAUAGCUCCAGUAGCACCAAACACACCAAAGAGAGGCGGCCUCAAGUCCAAGAAGAAACUUGUGAGAAGGCAUUCUAUGCAAGUGGAGCAGAUGAAACAGCUUUCAGAUUUUGAAGAGCUGGCUCAUUAGUUAGUGAUGGUGUUUAUGCAGCACAUAUUGUGGGGGUAGAAAUGUUAACACCAUAGAUUGGCAGGAAGUACAUCCAUAGGUUCAGCUGUGUAGACUCGCAGCCAUCUAGAUGUUGAAUAAUGUAGAAUUUAUAAUAU